AUGCAGAUCUACGUGCUCGCCUCCAUUGCUCUCGCUGCUGUCUCCGCCGUUCAAGCAAAGGAUGUCGCUGACUGGGAAGACUGCUCCAAGGACGGCUCGGUGUGUAAGGUGUCGACCAGUAAGUGCGUGAAGCACUCCGACUACUACUCGCAGUGCAUGCCUGCAGUGCUCCCUACUGGUGCUCUUUGCGGUCAGAACGACGGCACGAGCGUGUGGAAGUACGAUAACCACUGCUCGCCGGGCGAGACGUGCCAGGCAACUACCAGCAUCAACUUCCACUGCAGAUCUACGGCGACAGCUGCUCCUACGACGGCUCCCCCCACAUCAACGGUGUUGCUCGUAAAUGACUGGGAGGACUGCAGCAAGGCCAACGCUAAAUGCAGGGUCUCGACCAGCACCUGCGUCAAGCACUCCGACUACUUCUCGCAGUGCAUGCCCGCGACGCUCCCCACUGGCGGUUUGUGCGGCCAGGUGGACGGCACGAACAACUGGAAGUACUACCACUGCAUUACUGGCGAGACGUGCAAGGCCAACGGCAAGGAUUCCCACUGCACCAAGUAA